AUGAUCACUCUUCUGUUAGCAGUUCUUCUGGGGGCCGCGACGAAUAGCGCCUCUGCCAGUACGAGCCCAUAUUUCCAGCCUAAUUCGACAGGUAUACGUUUACAAAACGGGUUUGAACGUGUUCUCAUCCAGCCUUAUGGCAAUCAUGCCUUUCGAGUUCGGGCAAGCCUCAUGCGUGACCCUUCCGGAAAAGAGCUCUCUGCGCUCCUAGAUCCACCUAUUGAAGGUCCAGGAGGGGGGCAGGGCGCAGCGCACGACGUGAAAGUCCCUUUCAUGGGAAGUGCAACUAUUCGCAAUGGCGAUCUCGUCGCGGACAUCCUCCACGGCGUCAUCUCAUUCUUUCGCGUGGAGCAGAACGGGUCAAGAACUCUGCUGAUUUCAGAGUAUACGGACACCAAGGCGCUCCAGGCUCGGUAUUAUCGUCAGGACUUCCGUGCUGCGAGUUUUGAGGCCCAGUUCUCGUUUACGUCCACGCCGGACGAGCAAUUCUAUGGUGUCGGUCAGCAAGCCUGCUGUAAAGAUCACUCUGUCAACAAGAAAGGUCAGGUCAUUGACUUUGUCAACUUCAACUCCAACGUGCGGUUGCCCGUAUACAUGUCAAACAAGGGAUAUCUCCACUUCUUUAACAUGCCCAGCCAGGGGCAAAUCGAAUUUAGCCCGAUUCGCACUCGGUUUGUGGCAAGCGAAGCAAACGUCGUAGACUACUGGAUAACGACUGCACUCCCGGGAGAUUACGACUCCCUUCAGCAACAAUAUACUGCGGUAACGGGUCGACAGCCUACGCCCCCGGACUUUCUCCUCGGCUAUCAACAAUCCAAAUUGCGAUACUACAACCAAUCUCAAGUUAUUGAUUUGGCGCAGCGGUUCCAUGACGAGCAAGUCAAUGUCUCGUUGAUCGUUAUCGAUUUCUUUAACUGGAAGUUUCAAGGCGAUUGGUCGUUCGAUCCAGAAUUUUGGCCAGACCCCCAGAGCAUGGUGAACGAAGUCAAGCGACUUACUGGUGCAGAGCUCAUGGUUUCGCUGUGGCCAAGUGUCGAAGACCUCUCCGUAAAUUACAAUACUUUGCAAGAGGAAGGCCUUUUGGCUACCGCCAGGGAUGGGCCUGGCGUGCAGGAUUCAUUCGAGGGCGUAUACACACGGUUGAUUGACUCCACCAAUCCGGCUGCUCGCGAAUUUCUAUGGAGGCAAUUAAAUGAGAGCUACUUCUCGAAGGGAAUACACAACUUUUGGAUUGAUCAGGCGGAUGGUGGCACAUUGGGCGAGCCCUUCGAAAAUAACGGACAAAACAUCAGCGCCAUCCCUUACCCCAGAUCCUUUGCACAAUAUUUCAUAGGCACACAGGAAGGCACAGGCAAAAUGUACCCAUGGUUCCACCAACAAGCCAUCGACGAAGGUCUCCAAAACCUCACAGAGAACAGCAAUACUGGUCCAACGCCAGCUUCUUGCCAAUUUAUGUCCUUAACAAGGAGCACCUUUGCUGGCGGCCAACGAUUCUGCUCAUAUCUCUGGAGCGGUGAUACAGAUAGCCGGUUUGACGUAUUGUUGCAACAGAUUACUUCGGGCGUUUCUGUCGCUGCGUCCGGUAUAUCUGCUUGGACACUAGAUAUUGGUGGCUUCGCAGGUAUGGAUAUUGAUACCGAUUCCGGGAGAGAGUUAUUUGUGAGAUGGUUCUCAAUGGGAGUAUUCCUACCGAUCUCAGGCAUAGAUAGAACGAGGACAUGUAGCCUGGCGCGUAGUUCAUCACCACCACACGCCAACCCUUGUCCCAAUGAACCCUGGUCAUACGGCGAUGCCAACUUCGCGAUCAUUAAAAAUUAUAUCUCCCUUCGAUAUCAACUGAUACCAUACGUGAAACAACUAUUCGAAAUGCUCCAAGACACAGGGAGAACAAUCAUGAGGCCGUUGUACUACGAUUUCACUUUGUCAGACGAAAACGUAGUCAACGGUACUGCGGUCAACGACCCUCUGAUCGUUCAUGAAUUCAUGUUUGGGCCUCGGAUUCUGGUUGCGCCAGUAGGGACGGAAGGUGCCUUGGUGCAAGAGGUUUACCUCCCUCGCCUGACUUCUGAGAUGAUCGAGGAGGGGCUUAGCUGGACCCACUGGUGGACAGAUACGCCCAUGGGCGAGGGCGGUAGAAGGAUUGUCGUAGACGCGCCUCUUGACCAAAUUCCUGUAUUCUACUUGGGAAACAAGGCAGACAUAUUCGAGGGGGCCAUUUAG